AAGGGAGGCACCGACUCCAUUGCUUUAAUUGGGACCAACAAAAUGUGAAGGAGUGCAAUGGUCAUGGAGGAAGCCACAGCCACAAAUUAUAAUUUAAUUUGUUUUAACCAACCAACAGCAAAGAGCCAAGAACAGCACAAUCAAAGGAGCAAGCUUUUUAUUUUCCUGGGCCGACCAUGUUUAAUAAUAAUAUUAUUAUUAUGAUUUCCAAGUAAACUCGCUGUCACUUAGCUACCACCCUCCGUCUACUGGAUUAGGAAAGCUUUAACCGUCUAAUAAGCAAAAGCAAUAAAGCCAACGAAACUUAAGAUACCCUCCCUCCUCAUAAAAUAAAAGUCCAACAUGUGAGAUAGAGAUUACAAUAUGGAAGAUCUCUUCUCCAUUGGUUAUGGCGAGAGGCAGUGAUAGAUAGGGAGGAAGGAUGGAGUCUAAUUAAUGGCUUCUUGAGCGGUGGAGAUGGAGAGGGGAGACAUAAUAGACAGAAAGGCUUGCUUUAACUAUACUUGUAAUUGAUUAUUAGUCCAUCUUUGCGGUAAGCUGCUCACAUGAUCCAAUGCCCCACCUGCCCGUUUACCCAUUUCUUCCGCACAUAAUCACAAUCGUCUAUAAUCAUAUACAUGUGAAUUUUUAGUGUGUGUUUCGUUGUUUUAGUGGUUAAUUAUUUGUCUUACUGACAGAAACAGGAAGGGGAAUCAUAGUCAAUUUGUGAAAGCUAACAGAGCAACAAUUUGAUUCUGGGUAAAUAUAAAAAUGCGGCGGGAAGAAAGGCCUGCUUUGCUUCCCUUUCUUGGCUUCUUCUGAGGUCUGACCAUUCUGUUGAUCUUUAGUUCAAAAUCUAAAUGGUACAUAAAGUAGAAUUCUUUAUUUAUUCGCACAAAUAGGGUUCGUUUUUAAUGAAAAAUAAAAAAAGUCCCGGGAAAUUGAUUAUUGGAUCUAAAAAUAAUAAGCAAAAAUGCCGAUGGGAGUUGGGAAGGGAAGUAAAGAAACAACGGGAGCCAGAGAGAGAGAGAAAUAGAGCGCUGAACGUCGAUGAUAAAGAUGGAAAGCGAGAGGGGGAAGGAAGAAUGGUUUCUAAAGAUUUGAACUUUGGUCCACCCACCACCACCUUGUUUAUUGUCUUUGUCCCAAUGCCCUCCUUCCACACUGUAAUUUGCUAAAAUUUCUUUCACCCGCUUCUCUCAAAUCCCAUCUCGAAACCCUGAACCUUACUUUUUCUCCUCCUCGAAUCGCCAUUUCCCAUUCUCCAGGUAACCUACGCACUGCGCACUACUCCUUUCUAUCUACAUCUGAGAGACUCAGUCGAUUCAAGCUUCUGAUUUGCAGGCAUUUUUGUUUGAUCUGUGUGUAAAGUUCGCUGCUUUUCUUUAACUCUGAAUCAAGCUUCGCUGGGUUGCUGUUAGUUUUCGUUUUUCUGAUAUGGCUGCUGAGCUUCAAAAUCUGCAGCAGGCUUAACUCAUUUUCUGCUGUUGGGAUUCGCCUAUCAGUGAUUCCUUUGUUUUCAAUCUUCUUUUGACUAGAUUGAUUUUUUGCUGGUAAUGCCAUGGUUUAACCAAACAAAAAUCUCCCCUUUUGCUCUGGCUGAAUUUGAACUCGGCUCUUUCUUCAUCCUCGCAUUUGGGGAAGAUGCAUGCUUGUGCUUGCAAUCUUUCCUAGUUCAAUUGAGGAUUCGGCUGCUUUAGAUGUUUGUAGGGUUUAAAGGUCGUUCAUUUCUUGACGACGAUCGAUUUCCAUGAUAGUCUGGAACACAAACAAGUGUGAUAGUGUCAGUAUUUCAAGUUGCAACCAGGUUCAAAACAUGAGGCAUAUUACAAAUCAGAUGUCUCAUCUAUGUUUUCCCUUUAGGUAGAGUCUCUUGCCUACCAAAACUAUCUCAGUGAGUGGGAGUUGGAUGGUGGAAAGAUUCACUGAAACCUAUAAAGAUUUAUAUAUGAAAGACUAGUAGCCAGAACCAGAAAGUUAUGUAAUUGCUGUAGUUGGUUUGACCUAUUGCUAAUUUGUUGCUCUUAAAAAUUCCUAGUUCCAACUAUGGUUGCAUGCUUUGUUCUGGGGUUUCAACUAUGGCUUCCUGUAACGGCAGAAGCUAGUGUUUAAUAAGUUUGAUGGAAUGUUCUAUUGUAGAUAUAGUUGGUGGACUUUUUGCUGUAUAUGAAUGUAUGCACUUACUAUGAAGCCUUCUUUUUUGUUUUGUGUGGGACUUGCUUUACCUUCUCUGUUCUCACUUUGUGUUGCUUUUACAGGAUGUAUUAGAAAAUUGUAGUGCCGGUCAAGGAUUACUUGAUUUGAUACCCGAUUGAGUUUGUUAUUGUCUACCUCCGCAGCUGAAUUUUUUGAUUAGGCAUUUAUGCCAUGGACACUCGGUAUGCAAUUCUGAAUUGAGUUGACUGGAUUCUCAAAUAUCGUGAUGGAGCAGUCCGGGGUCCAUCACCAAUAUGAUCCCAGGGAACAUGGACUGGAAGGUUUCCACCCUUCUUCCCAAGCAUUUACAGUGGACCCUACAAGCAGUGGGUAUCCACACUUGAUACUACACCCUGACCAAAAUCUGUCUGAAGUCAAACCCGUACGUAAUUUCUCACUGCAGACUGGGGAGGAAUUCGCCCUGGAAUUCAUGCGUGACCGAGUUAAUCCCAAGAAUUCUUUGUUCCCAAACAGCGGUGCUGAGCCCAACUACGCUACAGGUUAUAUGGAACUGAAGGGCAUUCUAGGCAUUAGUCAUACAGGAUCAGAAAGUGGGUCCGACAUAUCUAUGGUCACCAUUGUUGAGAAAGGUAAAGAAUUUGAGAGAACAAAUUCUUCUCUACUUGAAGACAGAAGCAUCUAUGGUUCAGUUCGGUCGAUACCACGGUCUCAUUCGGGAUAUGAUAGCAGAGGAACUCUAAAUGGUUAUCCAUCUUCUGGGGCUUCUGGUUCAUUGACCAAGAUGAGAGUCCUCUGUAGCUUUGGUGGUAAAAUCCUACCCCGGCCUAGUGAUGGAAAGCUAAGGUAUGUCGGAGGUGAGACACGAAUUAUACGCAUAAGUAGGGAUGUUUCAUUCCAAGAGCUGAGGCAUAAAACUUUGGCCAUUUAUAGUGAGGCUCAUGUGAUAAAGUACCAACUUCCUGGUGAAGAUCUUGAUGCAUUAGUUUCCGUUUCAUGCGACGAGGAUCUGCAGAAUAUGAUGGAGGAAUGGAGUGAGGUUGAGGAUAAAGAAGGGUCUCAGAAGCUAAGGAUGUUUUUGUUCUCCAUGAGUGAUUUGGAUGAGUCUCAGUUUGGCAUAGGAAGCAUGGAAGGUGAUUCCGAGAUUCAAUUUGUGGUUGCUAUAAAUGGAAUGGACACUGGAUCUAGAAAAGGUUCAGCUUUGCAAGGCUUGGGGAGCUCCUCUGGGAAUAAUUUAGACGAGCAGGAUAGGUUAAAUGAUGUCGUGGAGGCUAAUAGAAGUGUUCCACCUGUCGCAUCUUCUACACCAGUAAUUCAAAGAUCUUCCCUUGAAUAUGAGGCGGCUCCUCAGUUUUAUCCUGUUCACAUGGCGAAUCAUGGAGAAAUCCAGAUGCCUAUGCAUUAUCAAAAUGGUUCAUCUAAUUACUCUCAGUUUGGAGAAACUUCUUAUCCAAUGCCAUUCUAUGGAGUCUUGCCUAACGCACAAGGAGGGGUGAAUGAAGGAUGGCCAUAUGGAAACUUUCAAGCUCCAAACUCGCAAGUUCUAGUAAACGAGGCGAACAUAAAGCCUGAUGGCUAUAUUCAGCAGGACUCUGACUCGAUGCAAAGAACCUCUUACCUUGCUCCCGUCGAUGAGGCACAGGCAGCAGCGACUGAAAGUUUACAUUCUGUUAGUUCCAAAAAUGAGGGAGUGAGACAGGAACCUGAAAACAAGGCUAGGGGUGAAGAUGUUCAAUGUCUUCCAACAUCUGGUGGUGGUGCUGCUGGUCCUUCUGUUUCGGAUCCUGUUGACUUGAGUUAUCUCGAGUCAACCAUUCCUCCGCAAAGAGUAUACUGUUCUGAGAGACUACCGAGGGAGCAAUCGGGCUUGUUCAGUAGGUUAUCUAAAUCUGAUGACUCCCUUGGUCCACAGAUUCUUGGUUCUCAUUCGCGUCCAGGUAUUCCUGAGCAUGAUUCGGUUGCAGAAUCUGUUGAAAAGUUGGGUCAAAGUAGUCAAACUCCUCAUGAUGAACACUCCAAUGCUGAUGGAAAAGCCCUGCAUGUAGAAGAGCCUGGAAAUGGUAGGCUUCAGGGUUCUGAAGAUCUGUUGCAAAACAAAGAGGCUGUUACAGACGCCAAACAAGUGGAUAUUGUGGUCAAUAUCGAUGACAGAUUCCCCCAGGAUUUCCUUUCCGAGUUGUUUUCCAACAAUACCCCUGGCGUUGCUCCAAUGCACAUAGAUGGUGCUGGUGGUGUGAGUGUGAACAUGGAGAAUCAUGAGCCUAGACGGUGGUCUUACUUCCAGAAGUUGGCACAAGAAGAAUUUAUUGGGACGGAUGUUUCCCUUAUGGACCAAGACCAUCUCCCUGCUCCAUCAACACAAAUCGAAGGGGAAAAUAUUGAGUCUCGCCAGUUUGCACCUUUGAUAGCAGAUGUUGUUUCAAUUAGGCAAGAUUACUCUCAACUUAAUUUUGGUGAGGAAAGUCGGAGUAAUUUACCACCCAGGGUCACUGAAGCUUCUGAUAAUGUAUCAGACUAUGAUCAUCCCCAGGCGAAGGAAAUUGACAGCAUGCAGUUUGAGGCCAUGAUUGAGAACCUAAAACCUGAAUCUGAAUAUGAGGAUCUGAAGUUGGAAAACAAGGAUAUCGGUCUUCCUCCUGUGAAACCUUCUCUAGCGGAUAUUGAUUUUAGUUCUUUGCAGAUCAUAAAGAAUGAAGAUCUGGAAGAACUAAAAGAACUUGGAUCGGGUACUUUUGGGACAGUCUACCAUGGAAAAUGGAGAGGGAGUGAUGUUGCCAUUAAGAGACUGAAGAAAACCUGCUUCACGGGUCGAUCCUCAGAGCAACAAAGACUGACUCUAGAGUUCUGGCAUGAAGCCGAAAUUCUUUCGAAGCUGCAUCACCCAAAUGUGGUGGCAUUUUAUGGCGUCGUUCAAGAUGGUCCAGGGGGGACAUUAGCUACUGUGACCGAAUACAUGGUUGAUGGGUCUCUUAGGCAUGUUUUACUCCGAAAGGACAGGUAUCUAGACCGACGCAAGAGGCUUCUAAUUGCUAUGGAUGCUGCAUUUGGAAUGGAGUAUCUACACUCAAAGAACAUUGUGCAUUUUGAUCUUAAAUGUGACAACUUGCUAGUCAACAUGAAAGAUCCACAACGACCUAUUUGCAAAGUUGGUGACUUUGGACUCUCGAAAAUCAAAAGGAACACCUUGGUCUCUGGAGGCGUGCGAGGGACCUUACCGUGGAUGGCCCCUGAACUGCUUAACGGCAGCAGCAAUAAGGUUUCCGAAAAGGUUGAUGUGUUCUCUUUUGGGAUUGUGUUAUGGGAGAUACUUACUGGAGAAGAGCCCUAUGCUAACAUGCAUUACGGUGCAAUCAUAGGAGGUAUUGUGAACAACACUCUAAGGCCAACGAUCCCAAGCUUCUGCGAUCCAGAAUGGAGGAGGUUGAUGGAGCUGUGUUGGGCACCAAAUCCUGCAGCAAGGCCCAACUUCACUGAGAUUGCUGGGCAGUUGAGAACAAUGUCAGCUGCAGCUGCUAGCCAAAGUAAAGGACAUCACAAACCACCCAAGUAAAUGGGCAUGUCCCAUUUAUUGUGUACUCCACUUUGAAGAAAAAAGUUCCCCCUUUUAGCUGUUAUGGUAAGGUGAUUCAUUUUGAGUUUGAUUGUAUGGUAAUGUAACAGUAAAAGAGGGAGGACAGGGCUUCUUCCAUUGAUGUUUUAGAAAUGGAAUAGGAUGUUCUCCCUGAAGUGAACUCUAGAAUGUGUCUAAAAAAAUUUGCAACCAGUUCAUUUUUAUUUAGUCCACCUUCAGAAACCACAAUAAUGCAGCAAACUGUCAUCGGUGCUUGAUUCAAUAUAUUUAGUUUAGGCCG